AUGGAUAGUCAAGACUCGUCUCCCUGGGAGAUCUCCUCUGUGGAGCGCUCGAGUCAGCCGGGAACCCCCGAGGAAGUUGAUUCUUUGGAGCCCAUAGCGAUUGUUGGCAUGGGCGUGAGGCUGCCGGGGAAUAUCCACACAGAACAGCAGCUCUGGGAACUCAUUACGGAGAAGCGAUCCACGCGGGGCGAGAUCCCCAAGAGUCGGUUCAACGUGGACGGGUUCUACAGUCCCACAGGCCGGGCUGGAUCGAUAGCAAUGAAACAUGGCCAUUUUCUGACAGAGACAGAUAAUUUCAGACAUCUGGAUACAUCUUUCUUCUCGAUGGGCCGGAAGGAGGUAGAUGACAUCGAUCCACAGCAACGUAUGUUACUUGAAGUCGUAUACGAAUGCAUGCAAUCUUCAGGUCAAGUGGGCUGGCGCGGCAGCAAGAUCGGCUGCUACGUUGGAGUCUGGGGUGAAGAUUGGUUGGACCUCCAUGCGAAAGAUACUCAGGAUGCAGGCAUGUAUCGGAUCCCUGGUGGACAUGACUUUGCCAUCUCGAACCGCAUUAGCUACGAAUACGACUUGAGAGGCCCCUCCUUCACCAUAAAGGCCGGGUGCUCAUCGUCUUUGAUCGCCUUGCAUGACGCUGUUCGAGCCAUUCGUGCAGGUGACUGUUCAGGAGCACUUGUUGCAGGCACAAAUCUCAUUUUCUCACCUACAAUGUCCAUCGCGAUGACGGAGCAAGGGGUGCUAUCUCCGGAAGGUUCUUGCAAGACAUUUGACGCAGCAGCAAACGGGUACGCCAGGGGCGAAGCCAUUAACGCUAUCUAUAUUAAGUCCCUUUCAGAUGCAAUAAAAGACAACGACAAAAUCCGCGCCGUGAUCAGAGCUACUGCGACUAAUUGUGAUGGAAAGACGCCGGGUAUGUCAAUGCCCAGCUCUGAAGGCCAUGAAGCAUUGAUCCGUCGAGCAUAUCGAGAGGCGUCGCUUGACCCCACGGAGACCGUGUUUGUCGAAGCACACGGCACAGGCACGCCCGUCGGUGACCCCCUCGAGGCUACGGCAAUUGCACGGGUAUUUGGAGGGAAUAAUGACCCCGUAUAUAUUGGAAGUGUCAAGCCGAACCUGGGUCAUAGCGAGGGCGCUUCCGGAGUCUCCUCCGUCAUUAAGGCCGUGUUGGCAUUGGAGAACAUGACCAUCCCUCCAAAUAUAAACUUCUCGACUCCGAACCCAAAGGUCCCAUUCCAGGAGGCAAACAUGGACGUUCCAAUUGACCCGAUGACGUGGCCAUCCGGUAAACCGCUAAGAGUGAGUGUGAAUUCAUUCGGCAUUGGGGGCGCAAAUGCACACGCCAUCCUCGAGAGUGCUGCUCCGAUUUCUCUGCAAGCGACUGUAGCUGCCGCCGCUAGUAGCGAGUAUGUGGCCGGAGCCUUGAAUGAUCGUUAUACAAACGGUCAUACAAACGAUCACACAACUCAUCCCAAGGACACGGACGAGCCCUGCAGACUGGUGCGUCCUCCUAGUUCUAGAAGAUUCAUCCAUGUAUUCUCAGCAGCACACCCGGCAUCUCUAAAAGAAAGCUUAGUCGAGCAUGAACGAUACAUCAGAGAAAAUCCUUCUUUGAUGGCUGAUAUAUCCUACACUUUGUGCAAUCGACGAGAGCACUUGGCGAACCGGGCUUAUUGUGUUACCAGUUCCUCAGAUGGACCCCUCACGUUCUCGCCUGUUACGAAGACGAAGAGAACAUCACCAAUAACGAUGGUAUUCACUGGACAAGGGGCACAAUGGGCAGGAAUGGCCAAGGAGCUGAUGGAUGACUACCCUUCCUUUGACAAGGACAUAAUUUACCUAGGCGCCGUGCUAGCGAAGCUAGAGCACGCCCCAUCGUGGGAUCUCAGAGGUGAACUGCGCAAACCAGAAGAAGAUAGCAACCUACCCAAAGCGGAGUAUUCUCAACCCUUAGUGGCGGCUGUUCAGGUGGCUUUGGUGAACCUCCUCCGUCAAUGGGGCAUCCGGCCUAACGCGGUUGUGGGUCACUCAAGCGGAGAGAUUGCAGCGGCAUAUGCUGCAAAAGCAAUCACGGCCGAGGAAGCAAUCACAAUUGCUUACUACCGCGGGUACGUGACGAAAGGAUAUCAACGGCCUGGUGGAAUGGCUGCUAUAGGCCUAGGCCGUGAGCAAGUGACACGAUAUUUGAGACAGGGGACAUUGAUAGCCUGUGAGAACAGUCCGCAUAGUGUAACAUUGUCAGGAGAUCUCGAAGCUCUCGAGAAGACCUGUGAAAUCAUUCGGACUGAGGAACCGGGGUGCUUGGUUCGAAGGCUAAAGGUCGAGAUGGCCCAACAUUCUCACCAUAUGCUUGACAUUGGCGACUCCCUCGAGGCCCUACUACGCGAUGGCAUUGACAGCAAAGCUCCCGUAGUGCCCUUCUUCUCGAGCGUCCGCGCAACGAGGAUAAAUGGCGCGGGGGGUUUGAACGCAAGCUAUUGGCGAGAAAAUCUCGAAAGCCCCGUACUUUUUUACGGUGCCGUAAGUCAUUUGGUAGAGAGUGAAGCAUGUUCUGAGCACACCUUUCUCGAAGUCGGCCCACAUGGUGCCUUAAGAGGACCGCUCCGUCAAAUAUUGCAGGCUGCUAAUCGGUCCAACGACAGCUACAUCACAGCCAUGAUCCGUGGCAAGGACUGCACCGAAUCCAUCCUGCAUAUGGCUGGGGAGCUUUACUUGAACAAUAUACCAGUGGAUUUCGGACAUAUUUGCCCGACUGGGUGCCUGCUGACCAAUCUUCCAUCAUACAAAUGGCAGCACGAUCAUGAGUACUGGGCCGAAAGCAGAUUGAGCAAAGAGUGGAGGUUCCGCGAGUUCCCUCAUCAUGAACUAUUGGGAUCCAGAAUACUGGAGGGGAAUGAUCUGCAGCCCGAAUGGCGGAACGUCCUUCGCCUAGAAGAUGUACCAUGGCUUCGGGAUCAUCAAGUCAUCAACGAUAUCAUAUUCCCCUGCGCAGGGUACCUUGGAAUGGCAGGCGAGGCCAUCCGACAGAUUUCAUCUGCCCAUGAAUUUACCUUCCGGGAUGUCGUGGUGCACACAGCAUUGGUAUUGACCGAGUCAAAAGCGAUUGAGAUGAUCACUAGUCUUCGUCCGGUCAGGUUGACAACUACCCUGGACUCUGUCUGGUGGGAGUUUAGUAUAUUCUCAUACAAUGAGACUGCCUGGGUUAAACAUUGCGUGGGACAGAUCAGGACGGGGGCUACACAUUCUUCGUCUCCCUUGCCGUGUCCCAGCCAUCCCCGUUCAACCGAGAAUUUAUAUCCCAUACUGAGGAAAGUUGGUCUCAACUAUGGGCCAUGCUUCCGCGGAUUAUCCCACGUCUCUUGUCUGCCGAACAAGAACACAGCCUCUGCCAGGUUGCUGCCAACCGCGGUUUCCGAGUCCACCUACGCUGUCCACCCUACGACCAUUGAUCACUGCCUGCAGCUAUUGUUCCCAGCUAGCUGUGAUGGUAUUUACCGGCGUGUAACCCGUUUGUGUGUUCCGACAAAAAUCGAACAGCUCUACCUCUGCGGCGGCAGGAGUGACAAUGAUGCAGUCGCGGAGGCCGUUGCCACCAUCAGUUCUGCUGGCGUUCUUUCCGGAAGAGUAGUAGCCAAGUCCGAUAAGGGAGUUUUCUUGUCCCUAGUCGGAGGGAAGUUUUCUCCCCUAGAGGUGGAUACAGCCGAUGAUCUUGACCCUAUUAGCGCAGCCAAGUUACACUGGAAACCAGAUGUCGACCUAGCCGACAAGAGGACUUUGAUAAAGGCCAGCGAUAGCUCGCAUAUUGAUUCUCUUGAGCUCGAGCUCGUCGAGAAGAUGGUCCUACUCACACUCAUUGAAGUGAACGUUCAGACAUCUCAUCUAGUCUGUGAUAUUGAGCAUCUUGAAAAAUUUCGCUCGUGGAUGCAUCGGCAAAUAAGUCGAGCCUCGAGCAAUAGCUACGACUUGGUUCCGAAUGCUAAGGAUUUGCUAUCCCUUGAUUCUGAUACUAGGCUUGUGUUGAUAUUCAAGCUGAAACAGUUGUUGUCGCACACUGAUGCCGCAAGCGCAGCUGAGCUUAUAUCCAGGAUACUGGAUAACUGCUCUGCUAUUAUGCAGGGAAAGGUGGAGGGGAUCGAAGUCCUGCAAGCUCGCGAUGGACUGACCAACUACUACAAUUUUGUCGAGUCGCGAACUGACUCUGUUGAUUUCUUCGCUGUUGCAGGUCAUACCAAGCCCACGUUGAGAGUGUUGGAAAUCGGGGCUGGCACUGGAGGGGGCACAGCAGUUGUCCUGCGGGGCCUAACCACCUCGUCUACCCCAAGACGUGAGCGUAUGUACUCGAAGUACGCUUUUACUGAUAUCUCUGCUGGGUUCUUUGUCUCAGCACAGGAGAGGUUCAAGGACUACGAAGGGAUCGAGUAUAAGGUACUCGACAUUACAAAGGACCCGGUAGAGCAAGGGUUCCAGGCAGAAUCGUACGAUUUGAUCAUCGCAGGCAACGUCUUGCAUGCAACUCCCAGUAUUAAUGCAACUCUGACGAACGUGCGUAAGCUGCUGGCACCUGAGGGCUAUCUGUUUCUCCAGGAAUUAUCGCCCCAGAUGCAAAUGGUGAACCUGAUUAUGGGGAUUCUUCCGGGAUGGUGGCUGGGCGAAACUGAAGGUAGAGUCAAUGAGCCGUUUUUGACACCAGAAGAAUGGAACAAGGCAUUGAAAAUGGCCGGUUUCUCUGGGGUUGAGGCGGCGAUCUAUGAUGGCCCUCGCCCAUACCACAUCAACGCCAAUAUUAUCUCCCGACCUGUACGGGAGUCCAUUCUGGGACCUCGUCGUGUUACUCUUCUUCACAGUGUUGGCAACGUACCUACAACUAACGUUGACCGCCUCCAGAAGUCUCUUAUCGAUAAUGGUUAUCAGGUCGACUUGAGAACCCUUCAAGAGGGAGCACCAGCCGAUCAAGACAUUGUCUCAGUGCUGGAGCUCGAAAGUCCCCUCUUUGAAAGCGUAUCUCAAGAAGUUCUAUUGGCCUUUCAGGAUCUUGUUGCCAGUCGAGGAGAUAGCAAAAUACUAUGGGUCACUCGGCCGGCCCAAAAGGAUGUAAGUUCUACUCCGGGGUUCGGUCUGACCCUUGGGCUCGCUCGGACAUUGCGAUCGGAACAGUUCCUCUCUUUUAUGACCCUGGAAGUCGACCGCGUCGAUGACCAGGUUUAUCCGGCUAUCGUGCGUGUAUUGGGCAAAAUCCAAUCGCAUGACUCGACGGCAUCAAUGGAUGCAGAUUCCGAGUUCAUCCUCCGUAACGGAGUGGUUCAUGUUGGCCGAUAUCAGCCAGCCUCGGUGGCACAGGACCUGGAACUUACGGCGUCAAAGCCUGGCGCUGUAAGACUGGCGAUUGGUCGUCCAGGCCUGCUACAGUCACUGCAGUGGAUUCCUUUCCCAACAACCGAACCUCGCCAUGGGGAAGUUGUCGUUGAGCCUCGUUGCGCAGGCCUAAAUUUUAGAGAUGUGCUUCUCGCUAUGGGGAUUGUGGAAGCUAACAACCUUGGCAUUGGACUCGAGGGAUCGGGCGUGAUCACAGACGUAGGUGCCGGAGUGACUGAUCUCCAGGUGGGCGAUCGAGUCUUUUACCUCGAUGAUAAUUGCUUCUCUACUCGGAUCACCAUGUCGGCUAUGAGAUGUGCGAAGAUUCCAUCUUUUCUCUCAUACGAAGAAGCGGCCACGAUGCCAUGUGUUUACGCUACUGUCAUUCAUUCGCUUGUGGACAUCGGUGGCUUGCAGAGCGGCCAGUCAGUUUUGAUACACUCAGCAUGUGGAGGUAUUGGAAUUGCAGCCAUCAAUGUCUGCCAGAGUAUUGGUGGGGUUCAGGUAUAUGUAACAGUCGGAAAUCAGGAUAAAGUCCGAUAUCUCAUGGAGACCUUCAACAUUCCGCGUGCCAGCAUCUUUAAUUCCCGUGACACCUCCUUCCGAGAGGAUGUGCUUGCCCACACUAAUGGACGCGGCGUCGAUCUCGUGCUCAACAGCUUGUCGGGUGAGCUUCUUCAUGCAUCCUGGGAAUGUGUAGCUCCGUACGGCAAGAUGCUCGAGAUCGGCAAAAGAGACUUUAUUGGAAAAGCUAAGUUGAGCAUGGACAUCUUUGAAGCGAACAGAAGCUUUAUCGGUAUCGAUCUCGCCAGAUUCGACGCUGCGAGAUGUCACCCUCUACUCACUCGUACGGUGCAAAUGCUCGAGGCCGGACAUAUCAAACCCAUCGCACCUAGGACAACCUUCUCUGCUGGUCAUAUUGAAGACAGUUUCCGCUACAUGCAGAAAGGGACACACAUGGGAAAGAUCGUCGUGACUAUUCCUGAACGAGGCCGGAAACUGCCAAUCGCUCCAAUUAUCCCAGAUUUAACCAUGAAGGUCAACGCAUCAUACCUACUCGUAGGAGGAAUGGGCGGUCUGGGCCGAGCAGUAGCAACGUGGUUAGUCGAAGAAGGAGCUAGGCACCUUGUCUUCUUCUCCCGAUCAGCCGGAAACUCGGAACAGGACCAACGGUUCAUUCAGGAACUAGAAUCGCAAGGAUGCAGUGUGAGAGCUAUUCAAGGGAGCGUCUUGAAUGAAAAGGACGUGGCUCGCAUCACCCAAGCUGCAGAAAAACCAAUUAAGGGGUUCUUCCAAAUGUCAAUGGUACUCCAAGACAAGCCAUUCAUGGAAAUGAACCUCCAAGACUGGACCACCGCAGUCGGGCCCAAAGUGCAAGGAACGUGGAACCUACACCACGCGAUGCCAAGCGACCUAGACUUCUUCUUCGCAACCGGAUCCAUCAGCGGGUCCUUUGGAACUCCCGGUCAAGCCAACUACGCUGCAGGCAACACAUUCCUCAACGCCUUCACACAAUACCGGAGAAGUCUGAGUCUGCCCACCUCAAUCUUGCACAUCGGCCUCAUGGACGACGUGGGGUAUCUGACUCAGAAUGUGGGAAAGGCAGAGGCCCUUCGCGCUGCAGGCGGGUACUUUCUUCGAGAAAAGGACCUCUUGGAUUCUCUUCAGUGGGCUAUUGUAAAGGCCACCAUAAGCAGUGCGACGGCAGACAGCGACGAGGCCCAAUUAACCAUCGGGCUCCGGUGCGACAAGCGACUCUCUGACCCAACGAACCGAGUCAUAUGGAGAAAGGAUGCUCGCAUGGGACUAUACCACAACCGAGACACCGAGUCAUCGAGCAGCAGCAAUGGUAGUAACGAUCCGGAGGUUGUGCUCAAGGACCCUGCGUCACUGGAAGUGGUGACGCGGGAAAUGGCUGUCAAAAUAUACACCUUCAUGCUACAGCCAUUGGAUGACCUGGACGUGAACGUAUCGCUAACCGCUUUGGGUGUCGAUUCCCUGGUUACAAUUGAGAUCCGGAACUGGAUGAAGAGAAGUUUAGGCGGCAUUGAGAUCAGCACAUUGGAAAUCUUGAAUGCGGGGUCCAUUGCUAGUUUAGGAAGAUUGGUGAUUGAGGCGUUGAAGAAGAAAUUUAUCUCUCAGAUUACGAUGGCAGAAGGGGAUGCUUAUCUGGAAAUGAAGGCCCCGUGA